GUUACGCACGAGGUGAUAUUUUUGCAUUUUUCGACGUUGAAAUUUAGUGAAGUGAAUCCAAAGCAAACAAUGGCAUCCACCAAGAUCAAAUACACAUCGAGUAAGGCAAUUGAUCAUUUCAAUGCGGGAGCGACUCUUAUGAGAAUCGUUGGCUACGUGGAUUCCAUCGAGGGAUUGAGAGAAUUGCCUAAAUCUGCAUCCAAAUGGAUUUACAAAUGCGUUUUGAAUAACAAUGACGACAAGAGGGUUCGCAUCAUCUUCUGGGGGGAUGAUGCUUUGAAGUACAACUCAGAAAUCGUCAUGUACCAAAUCAUAAAAAUUACUGGUGGUGUGAUCAAAGAGGCCAAUCUCCAGUAUCGCCGAUCUGGCGAUACUGUCAGUGACAAAGAGUUCCAGUUUGGUCGCGGAAGCACUCUCGAGGUCCUUGGAACCUUCGACAUUGCAAAUGGCGCUGAUGAGGCAUUGAACAAGGUGGUGAAGUACCAAUCCAUGGAGAUAAAAGACGUUUGUUCUGCACGUGGCCCAGUUGAAAUCUCAGGAUGGCUCAAGGAGCCUUUUAGGAGUAUUUCAACCGCCAGUGGUGCAAGUUACGGCAGUGCAAUGAUUUGUUCCGAGGUUCAUCGAAUGACUGUUCAUGUGACCACCUUCGUCCCUAACGAAAACCUCCUGGAAGGGAUGAAAAUUAAGAUUCGAGGGACAAUUGAUCGUCGCUCAAAUGCAUUCGUUCUCAACACUGCCACUAUGGAUCAAGUUUCUAUUAUUCCUGGAGCGCCCACGAUGACUGAAGACGAAAUGGAUGAGGCUGUAGAAUCACCUCCCUUGGUUCUCAAAAGAGAAUCAGAGGAUAUCAUGGAGAUAACAAUUGAAAAG